AUGUCAUCCAUGACGACUCGCAAAGUAGAUUCUUCUGGUAAAACUUAUUGCACGAAAUCUCACGACCAAAUAUCUGUCGAAACAACCGGAUUAGCUAUGGGAAUCAAUGGUAAUCAUUCAUUUGAGGCCACUCCAUCGCCCUCAUCGAUCGCAUCAACGAGUACAAUUGAACAUUCCAUGAAAGAUCGACAUAGGAUCUUAUCAUCAACGUUAAAAAAUGAUCAUUCCCAUCUGACUGCUAAACGUCGUUCUCGUUUUGAACGCCUCUUUCAUCAUACACAAUUGAUUAAUCGACACUAUAUGAUGAACAUGACGAACAUUUUAUUGCAAAUGCAAAGAGAAAUUCAUAAACUAAAACGACGUACCAGUCGCAUGGAACAAUCUGUGGUUAAACAAACUAAAAUGGUACAACCAGUUAUUCGUAUUCCUCGACUGACCAGAGAUGAACUUUCGACAAUCUGCAUUUUUGAUAAUGACAACGAUGUGCAUGAGAAUGAAGCAACUACCGAUGGCAAUAACAAUGAAAUAACGCUCACCCAUCCUCGAAAAUCGAUAACAUCGAAGAGCAUCAAGCGCUUAAAAUCGAAACACAAGCGUAUGAAAGCAAUUUUGGGUUUAAAAAACAAAUCGAAACGUGCUAUCUGGAUUAAUAAUCGACAAAAGGCAAUAGAUCCCAACAAAUAUUGCUCAACAUGUCGACAUGAAUUUUCCAAACGAUCGAAUUUUCUUACGCAUGUUCGAAAUAUUCACAAAGGUAAAUGUCCACCUUUGAUCAACGAACAAGAUCAAUCACUUUUGGAAAUGAAUGAAGAAAGUGCAACACGUGACCAUUCAGGUGUAGUUUCGGAUGAAGAUGCGCAGUCUUUACAAGCGUUGAAUAAAUCAUGGGCUACGAAUCAGCAAAAGUCGCACGCGCGAAGCAGUGUGAAAUUAUCUCGCGAACCAAAACGAAGAUUGAAACUUAAGUGUGAUGUCUGUAACAAAUUCUUUCGAUCGGAUUACCUCAAAUCACAUAGACAACGUGCUCAUCAUGAUCAACAAAUCUUGUCGAGUUCAAGCGAAGGCAACUCAAGUUCUGAGCAAUCUGAAACGGCUUCGAAUCGAUCAUUGAAUGAAAAUGUUACAUCUAACGAAAUGCUGCGUCCAUGUGUAUCAAACACACCUGCAACAAUAACAAUAGCUGAAAUGGAUUCUGACGAUGCACCAAUUCUCUUCCGCAAUGAUUCAGCGCCUCGAAUUGUUCUUGCUGUUACAUGCCUCGAAAGCUAUCAGAUAGAAUUAGUCGAGAAAUUUAUCGAAAAAUUCUCUUCUCGUGUUUGUCAAACAGCUUCUAUCGAUUCUCGAACAACGCAUCUAAUUACCAACGAUGAAAAAAGUCCAUUACGUUCGCCAUUGUCCAUGAAGUUAAUCGAGGCUAUUGCUCAUCAUUGUUUCUGUGUAUCGUACCGUUGGAUAAGCGAUUGUCUUAAUCAGGACCGAAUUCUCGAUGAAACUUCAUACGAGAUCGAAGGCGACGAUACUGAUGUUCUUCCACACGGUGGACCGCGCCGUUCGCGUUUCGUUCCAAAUCGUCAUUCGCUUUUCGAAAAUAUUUGUUUUAUGAUCAAAUGUACAGAAAACUCUGAUAUACGAAUGACGAAUGAACGUUUAGAAGAUUUAAUCACCACAUGUGGUGGACAAAUCAUAACCUGUGUAACACAACGAUUACUUGAUAAGCACCAAAUCAUCGUGCUCUGUGAUAUGAUGUAUGUGUCCGAACGACGUCACAAUUAUGAUCAAUGUCGAUCAUUAGGUAUACAUUUUGUUUCGUCAGACUGGGUGCUCGAAUCUAUUCUUGAAUAUCGACGAAAACCUUUUUCAUUAUUUGAAGAAGUUCCCUUAUAA